AUGCAAUUUAACGAUUCUUUAGAUGAAAUAUCUAGUGUAUUCGAUGAUGCUUCGCAAUCAGAGAUAUUUUCUGAUGACAGAAGAUCUCAAAAUCGUGCAAAAUCUCGAAUUCCUGUACCAACUAAGCAAAGACCACAUUCAAAACCUCCAAGAGAAACAAUACAAAAGAAACCAAAGCCAGUUGAAGUCGAAUUGCAGUUAAAUCCAUCCAAUUUUUUAGCUCCUGAAUUUACAAAUUAUUUUAACGUUGUUGUGUGCUUCUACCAAGCAAAAUACAACUUCCCUCCAAAACAACUAUGCAGAAAUACGUAUUUAUCACUUCAAUUUACAAACGAAGAACAACAAAUCGUAACAAGUAGUUAUCAUGGAACGACUUAUGCUAUAUACAAUGCAGGGUUUAAACUCCUUACUACAGGAUUUGACCUUAAAAAGUGGAUUCCUCAGAUAAUUGUAUGGGAACUUGGAAAUGAUGGAAGUAGACAAACAAUUGCCUUAGGAUAUCUAGAUUUCAACGAAGCUACUAUCGAAGGACCAAUCUGCAUUGUUAUGAAAGACAAGUGGAUUGAUGUUUUUUCAGUAACAAAUGGAGCAAUGUGCGGAAAAAUAAGAACUUCAAUAAUUUUCUACAAUGACGAGAAAGAUAUAGAAAAUAAACUAAGCCCACCUGUUGAACGCGUUUUUAGUGACUUAGAAGAGCUUGAAAGACAGAAAAUUAAAGAAACCAUGGUAUCAGCAGAAAUUCAAACAGAAAAUUCCGUAAAGAAGUCAAACUAUCAAAAUACAUUAAAGAAAGAUCCAUUUGAAUUUACAAUUAAAGUCAAAAACGAGUAUAAAGAACCAAAUGAUUCUUAUUCUCGACUUCAAAACGAGAGCCAGAACACUUCAUCAUCAAAAAUUCAUUUCUUAACCGAAGAUUCCCUUCUUGAAGAGCCAUCAGUUGCAGAUUUGGAAAUAGAAGUUUCAGAUGAUGAAAACAAACAAAAUCAAUCAAUAGAAACGCAGAGUUCCGUUAAACAAUCCCAAUUAUCAGAUAAAAGUGCUAUGGAAUCAAGCUAUAUUUCUACUUUAUUAAAUGAAUCUCAACUUUCAAUGAACACAAAUGAUGACGAACCUCAUGAGAGACCAAAGUUCAGAUCUAGACGUGUUAAGAAGAAUUUCAAUCCAGAGGAUGAUCAAUUAAAGAAAGCUGCAGAUUAUUCUUGGAAAAACUAA